GGGCACCGGGCUCUGGAAAUUUGGGGGGAACCUCAAACCAUCGGCCUCUGGCAAGUCCCUGGUGAGGAAGAACUCGGAGCCGUUCCGGAGGUGCCAAUCGAUGAGCGAGGGGGAACCGCCCUACGAGGAGGCGGGAUUCAGUGGCGAUGCCCAUCUCGAUCAUGGUGACAUGUCGAGGUCACGUCCGCUGAAAAUGCUGGUCAGCGCGGUUCUGUCCGACAAGAGGCCAGAUGAAGUUCCGCAGCUCUUAGAGUCCAUGCUGACCAAACUCGUCGAUGAAUUCGAGAAUCGCUUGACUACUCAAAAUGAUUUGGUGAAAGCGGCUCUGAAAAAUACUACGGACAGCACUAAAUCCUUCUCGAAAUCCAAAGUUCUGGUCGAGGCCACCCCUAAGUUUAGUGGGAGAAAGAUGGAUACAUCAGAUAUUUACUCCAAGCAUAAACAAACAAAAAAGGGAACAUCAGUUGAAGUGACACUGAAGCAACAUUCAAUUGUCCAACAGCAGUCAAAGCAUGUCGAGGAACUUAAGGCUGAUCUUCAAACAACAAAAGCGGGUAUGGAGUUUAUACAAAUGAAGUACUCUGAGGACCUCAACUUAUUAGGAAGGCAUCUGUUUAGUCUAGCACAUGCUGCCUCAGGUUACCACAAAGUUCUUGAAGAAAACAGAAAGCUGUACAAUCAGGUGCAAGAUCUUAAAGGUAGUAUCAGGGUAUAUUGUAGGAUAAGACCCUUUUUACCUGGACAAGUCAGUUCAUCCACUGUGGGCUGCAUUGAUGAUGGAAAUAUUACCAUUAUUACUCCUUCCAAAUCUGGAAAGGAAGGCCGGAAGUCAUUUAGCUUCAAUAAGGUUUUCGGACCAUCUUCAACUCAAGAUGAGGUGUUCUUAGAUACUCAGCCCCUCAUUCGCUCUGUUCUUGAUGGGUACAAUGUUUGUAUCUUUGCAUAUGGCCAAACAGGAUCAGGCAAGACAUUCACAAUGAGUGGGCCCAAGAACAUUACUGAGCAAACCCAGGGUGUAAACUAUCGGGCACUUGGUGAUCUAUUUACCCUUGCUGACAAAAGGAAAGGAACCUUUGUCUAUGAUAUUGCUGUGCAAAUGAUCGAGAUUUACAAUGAACAAGUCAGGGAUCUCCUCUCUAAUGAUGGUCUCAACAAAAGAUUAGAGAUUCGGAAUAAUUCUCAGAAUGGCAUUAAUGUUCCGGACGCAAGCCUUGUCCGUGUGGCAUCGACAAUAGACGUAAUAGAACUGAUGAAUAUUGGGCACAAGAAUCGUGCUGUCGGUGCCACUGCAUUAAACGACCGGAGUAGUCGUUCUCACAGUUGUUUAACUGUUCAUGUUCAAGGAAAAGAUUUGACAUCUGGCAACAUCAUCCGCGGCUGCAUGCAUUUAGUUGAUCUUGCAGGCAGCGAGCGGGUUGACAAGUCAGAGGUCAUCGGAGAAAGGUUAAAAGAAGCACAGCAUAUUAACAAAUCAUUGUCAGCCUUAGGGGAUGUAAUUGCUUCACUUGCCCAGAAGAACGCACACGUACCUUACAGGAAUAGUAAAUUGACACAACUCCUCCAAGAUUCUCUUGGAGGUCAGGCCAAAACAUUGAUGUUUGUUCAUAUAAGCCCGGAAAGUGAUGCUGUAGGAGAAACUAUAAGCACGUUGAAGUUUGCUGAGCGCGUUUCUACUGUUGAGCUUGGUGCUGCUCGACUUAAUAAAGAAUCCGGAGAAGUUAAAGAGCUCAAGGAGCAGAUUUCUCGACUCAAAACAGCAUUAUCAAUGAAAGAUUCAGGAUUGGAGCAAAACUUUACUCGCCACUCUGAGGCUAGACCCAAUCCUGCAUUGAGACAAAAGAAACCAAGCUUUGAUCUUCAGGAUUUAUUACCAUCAAAUGAUUCACCUUCAUGGCCAGAUAGCAAUUCAAGGUUGAAUUUUCAGAUGGGAGAAGAAAGGGAAACAGUUUGCGGGGACUGGGUAGAUAAGGUUGUGGUGAACAACAAUCACUCUCUUGGUGAUUGGCAAGGAGACAAUGCUGCUUUACCUGACUUCUUUUACCAAAGAUACCAUUCAGGUUUGAGAGAUGAGCAGCAAAGACCUCGUUUUUGCUCGACAAAUACCGAUGAUUCCGAUGACAUUGAUGUUGCAACAAGUGAUUCCUCAGAAUCAGAUGCACUAUGGCAGUUCAAUGUUCAAAGCAUGAAUACUCCGGUUAUUCAAAACGGGUCAAAGAUCAAGAAACCACAGACGAAGAUAAGAGAUACCUCGGACACAAGGACACCAAUUCAUUCUCAAAUACCAUCAGCAUCGAGAAAAGCUUCAAACGGACAAAACAGAUCGGGAAGGCAACCUUUAAGUGCUAACGAUAGCAGAAGGCUUUCAUCAAACGGUAGACACUCUGGUACGAAGUAGGGACUGCUAAAAUGAUCGUGUGCAUUCUUUUUCUUGGUUUUCUCUCAGUGUUUGUCACAAGGCGUUGUGAGGUUGUUCUCAAGUACAACAAUGAGUGACAAUAAGUCCAAUUGAUUGUGUCAGUGUGGUGAGUUGUGAUCUCAGCAGCUGGUGAGUGAGGCCAUUAGCCUUUUUUUAUUGGCCUGUCAGGCUAUGUUGAGUUUUUGGCAAUUCUUUGUGUCAUGUCCAUAAUAUAUAGUAUGAUAUAAUGAAAAGAAAGGAAACGUGUUCAUCAAAA